AUGGACAACGACGCCUCCAUCUCCACCGACACUCCUAGUGGACCGACCUCAACACGCACACAGCUAAAAUGGACAAACGACAUGGAACAGACCUUCAUCGCCACCAUGAAAGCCGUGCGAGGUCCGCCCACCAAAACCGUCCCCUCUGGCUUCACCAAAGACGCCUAUAAACGCGUCGCUGAAAUAAUCAAAGACAAAUCCUCCCAACCUGAAUUAUGCGACCAUGUGCGUAUGAAGAACAAGUUGGGAGCUUUGAGAAACGAUUGGAGAACAUAUACAAAUCUCCUCAACCUGCAAUGGCCAAAGCUACCCAAUGGUCUACCUACCAAUACGGAUGAGGUGCUGGAAAACUAUUACAGGGACCAAGAUCCAAAUGCUAGAAAGUUUCGAGCCGCUCCUUUGAGACACUUUGAUGAGUUGACUGAGCUGUUUGAGUCUGAAAGGGAGGGAGAGCAGCGUCUGAAUUCGCCAGCUGUAACUCCAUCACUUGGAACAUCUGCAAGUCUUCGCCAAUCGCUGCCUCUGCCUCUGCCACACUCACCUUACCAAUCCGCGGCAUCGCAAGAACUUAUCAGUUCCCGAUUCCACACCCCUCAUGCCCAUCCCACUCCUCAGCGAUCCUUGAAGCGACCAGCCGAAUCAUCCAUCUCCAAUCAAGCCAAACGCGUCCUCAUGGGUUUCUCCUGUGGCUGCUGCAACCUCUCUCUUCAAAGCUACCUUUUCAUCACUGCCAACACGCCAAAGAGUCGCUGCUGUGAAACAUUUUGCAGAUCCAAAUAUCGCUGA